AUGGUGUCUCGUGGAGGAGCGCUGAACUGCACCUAUGGCCUGGACGAUGAUGAGCUGGAUGUAGUCAGUUCGGACGACGUUGACUCAGAGACGGCCAUUGACUACUCGGAAGCGAACGGAUUCGAUCCGGGCCUCUCGUCUCUCAGCUGCACCCUCACCCCGAUGCACUUGCGCAAGGCGAAGCUAAUGUUCUUCUUCAGUCGUUAUCCGAGCAGUUCCUUGUUGAAGGCGUUCUUCCCCGAUAUCCGUUUCAACAAAAACAACACUGCCCAACUGGUCAAGUGGUUUUCGAAUUUCAGGUGAGU